AUGCCUUCCGUCAAAGUUUUGUUUGUUUCCGCUCUCGUUUCGAGCACCCUUGCGGCUCCUCUCAUCACCCGUUUCGAGAACAAAGAAAAUGCCGCAAGUGUCUUUGAUGAGAACCCUCGGACUUCUCUGGAGACCCGCGAUAUUGAAGCCAGCGAGGACUACGCUGACCUCGAGGCCCGAGAUGAGGACGAGUACGAGUAUGAGUACGUCGAGGCUUCCUCUGUCGCUGGCAUCUCUGCUCGAGGUCUAGAGGACGCCGAGGAGUCUGGUGACCUUGAGGCACGGGACCUUAAGGAAGUCAGCGAGGUCUACUCGACCUUCCAGUCUCGUGACUUGGAGGUGGAUGACGAUCAGCAUGGCACUCUUGAGUCUCGUGACAAUAAGAAAUCGUCUUCGAGUCGCACUUCUUCAUCUCGGACUUCAUCUUCGCGGGGCAACAACAACAACAAUAACAGGGUUGACAAGGGAAGAGUCCAGAAGGAAAAGAACGAGAUCAAGGAUAUCCAAGCAGAUCAGAGAAAGCAACAUGCAAGCGGCAAGGCGAAGGAAGACAAGGAGCGGGCAGAAAUUCAAGAGGCCCGCGAGAGACAGAAGGGCGCUACGAACUCCCGAGACAAGGAAGCCGCUAGGCGCAAGAAGCAGGAGGAGCAAGCUUCCCUCGACAGAGUGAAAGGCCAGAACCAGAGAGACAAGGCCCGCCUUCAAGCCCAGAAGGACAAGGAGAAGCAGGAGCUAGCGGACGCCAAGAGGGGUGGUGGACGUACCGGCAGAUUCGUCGAGACGCCUGAGACGACAACAAACUUCAAUCCAAAGUCUUAUGGUGGCAAGUCGGGAACCUACAAUGACUACAAGAAUCCCAACUACCAGAAUAAGGACAGCAACUACUACUCGAACCAGCGCAACAAGGACGAUGAGAGAAUUCGUCAACUGGAGAGAGACCGUGCGCGUGAGGAUUCUCGUAUCAACAAAGCCGAGUACAACAAGAACAAGAGCGGCGACAAGAUUAAGAAUGGAGAGUACAACAAGGACAAGGAGGAUGAGGCAAUUCGCAAGGCUCAAUACGAGAAGCAACGCAGUGGCGAGCGCAUCCAGGAUGCGGAACGAGCCAAGGACAGGUACGGCAACAACGCAAACAAGAACAACUAUGAUCAGGAAAUCCGUGCCGAAGAAGCUAGGCGCCAGCGUGCGGACCAACAGAUCCGCGAAUCUCAGUACGACAAGAACAAGCAAGACCAGUACGACGAGCAAAUUCGGAAAGCCCAGAACGACAAGGACAAGUACGGCGACCGCAUUCAGGACUAUGAGCAGCAACGCAGAGAGGAUGAGAGGCGUCGCAAUGGAGGGUACUAA